UGAAGCUAAGUCAAGUCAACAAGUCAAGUCUACUUUAGGCAACAACUAACUCCGUGUAAUUGCCUCGGUUGUUUCCUUUUGUUCCAUUUAACACUUGGGAAUUUAUAGUUAUUCAGAGAACUACAAUAAAUUUUGGACAAAAUUCUCUUAAUACUCCUCUUUCAUUCUUCAUCUCAUGACUUCCAUUUCCAAACCAGUUCUACUCUUACUGCUUGUUUUCUCACUUUCAAUUGAUUCAAGCGCUCAGCAAAACCACUCCAAUGUGAUCAACUUAGGGUCUUCGCUUUCCCCCAGUGCAAACCAUACUUCUUGGCUCUCACCUUCUGGUCUUUUUGCAUUUGGUUUCUACCAACAAGGUGAUGGCUUUCUUAUUGGAAUAUGGUUGAUUCAUCAAACUGAAAAAACAAUAAUUUGGACAGCAAAUCGAGAUGACCCACCUGUCUCCUCAAACGCUUCUCUGGACUUAACUAGAGAUGGUAAGCUGCUGCUAAAAAUUGAGCAAGGCGUAGAAAAGUUAAUUCCUCAAAUGCUUGAUCCUUCUCCUGUAGUUUCAGCUGCUAUGCUUGAUUCUGGUAAUUUUGUUCUCUACGGCAAUGAUUUCUCUGUCAUUUGGGAGAGCUUUGAUUUUCCAACUGACACCAUACUAGGAGGUCAGAAUCUUUCUUCUGGGUAUAAACUGGUUUCUAGCGUGUCUACAUCAGACCAAUCAAGCGGAAGAUUUUUCCUUCAAAUGCAGAAAGAUGGAAACCUUGUUGGCUACCCUGUAAAUAGCUCGGCGGAAUCAGAUGAUGCUUAUUGGUCAUCUAACACUCCUAAUAGCGGUCUCAAUGUACAGCUUAUUCUUAGUCAUAUAGGCAUUCUAUUCCUUAGUGGUGGUGAUUUGCGUGAACACAUUUUGGCAAAUAGCUCCUACCCUAGCAAGAAUAGGACUGCUAUCCAUCGUGCAACACUUGAUGCAGAUGGGAUAUUUAGAUUGUAUUUACACCGCUUUGAGAGCAGUAAUGGCUCUGAUGUGUUGCUGGAGUGGUCAGCAUUGUCUAACCUAUGUGAAGUCAAGGGUAUCUGUGGAUUCAACAGUUACUGCUCAGGCAUGGGCAACAAAGAUGUCUGUAAAUGCUAUCCUGGAUUUCAUUUCAUUAACGCCAGUAAGAAGUUCCUGGGCUGUUACAAGAACUCAAGUGACGAUGAUUGCAGACGCAGUAAACAUCCAUCAAUGUUGUACAGUAUUGUUCCUUUAGAGAAUAUGGGGUGGAGUGAUUAUCCUUACUCGGUGGUACAAAUGGAGAAGGAAGAUUGUUGCAAAUCUUGCUUGGAAGAUUGUAAUUGUGGGGCGGUAUUGUAUACAGGUGAUGAGUGUACCAAAUUUAAGCUUCCACUAAGAUAUGGCAGAGUAAGUGAUAAUUUUUCAUCUACUGCCUUCUUUAAGGUGAUAAGGGAUGAUCUCAGAAUACCAUUACCAGACCAUAAUCCCUCAUUGGCUCCAACGGUCUUGACUGAAAGCAAAAGAAGUCUGAUUUUGAUUCUUUCUAUAAGUUUGGGUUCCAUUUCAGGCUUUUGUUUCAUCUUUGCAAUCUAUAGUUUCUUCAGAUACAGGCGUCAACUUUUCAGGUAUAGAAGGCUGUUGGGAAAUGCAAAUUUGGGAUUAACUGAAGAGUUAACUCUCAGAUUAUUUUCUUAUAGCGAGCUUGAGAAAGCAACAGAUGACUUCAAGGAAGAGUUAGGUAGGGGUUCUUUUGGAGCUGUUUAUAAAGGGACUAUAUCUGAAGGUAACAAAGCUAUUGCUGUUAAAAGACUAGAGAAAGUUGUGGAAGAAGGGCAAAGGGAAUUUCGAGCUGAGAUGACUGCAAUUGCACGAACUCAUCACAGAAACUUGAUUCGAUUACUUGGUUUUUGUAUUGAGGGCUCUAGGAAGCUUCUAGUUUACGAAUUCAUGAGUAAUGGCUCGUUAGCAGAUCUUCUCUUCAAGGCUGAGAUGCGCCCCAUUUGGAAAGAAAGAGUGAGAAUUGCCCUUGAUGUUGCCAAAGGGAUUCUCUAUCUGCAUGAAGAGUGUGAAGUUCAUAUCAUCCACUGCAAUAUAAAGCCCCAAAACAUACUCUUGGAUGAUACAUGGACUGCAAAGAUAUCUGAUUUUGGGUUGGCAAAGCUGUUAGUGCCAAAUCAAUCAAGAACCACUAUGGGAAUUGAAGCAAAAGUUGGGUACUUAGCACCUGAAUGGCAAAAGAAUGCCUUAGUAUCUGUUAAAGCAGACACAUACAGUUUUGGUAUUGUGCUUUUGGAGAUAGUUUGUUGUAGAAGCAGUAUAGAAAUAAAUGUUCCAACGGCAGAUGAGAUAAUUCUUUCUACUUGGGUAUAUAAUUGCUAUAUAGCCGGAGAGUUGGACAAACUUGUGGAAGAUGAAAAUGUAGACAUCAUGGCACUGGAAAGAAUGGUGAAGGUGGGUUUAUGGUGCAUUCAAGAAGAUCCAGCUUUGCGUCCGUCAAUGAAAAGUGUAACCUUGAUGUUGGAAGGGACAAUGAAUAUUCCAGUCCCUCCAUCUCCAGUUCUCAUUUGAUGAAAUGAAGUAUUCUAGGUUUUUUUUUUUUUUUUUUUUUUUUUUUAAUCUUUUCAGCUUAUUCGUGUGCAUCCAUGUACUUAAAUACAUUUGUACGUAUGCAUAACUAUGUAUUGUGCUAGUUUAUAUGAAUAACUAUACCAUUUCUAAGAAAAUAAUUUCAGUUUGAGGAUCGGAUCAAAA